AAGUGCUCCAAUUGGCGAGCGACUACUGUACUUGUCUUGCGAUUGCGUUAUGCUUGUCAAUAGAUUUGUGGCCAUUGUCCUUGUGGCCAGCAUCAGCCUUGCCCAAGCCUAUCCAGCGCUGCUGCCAUAUAUCUACAAUCCGUCGAAGCGCAGCGAUGCCGUCUUUCCACAAAUCGAGGACGAUGUGGGCGAGUUGGAUCAGCUGCGAAAUGAGCAGCCUGUAGUGGGCAAGAGACAGGAUGAUGGCAGCACUGCCCGCACCACAACCACCACUAAGGAGAGCGUUGAGAAGGUAAUCGCAUCACCGGAGGACGGCAGCAAGGAGCAGCCAGCUGCUGCCAUUCAGCUCGAUUUGGAGCGCCAGCUGGAGGUGGCCACACCACUAAUGUCCAUGUCCACGACGACGACCACUAGUACAUCUGCCACAACAACAACAGCGGCCUUCAAGGAUGACAGCGAACGCUCCCAGCUGGAGGAGCCCAAGACGGCAGCGAAGCCGGCGUCGGAGCAUGGAGCACAUGCCAAGUGUAUAUCCACGAAACCACCCAAAAACCAACAGGCUUUCUACGGUGCAGCGCGUCUGGCAUUUGGCCAAAAUCCCGAAGUGUUGCCAACAUUGCCCACAACAACCACAUCGACAGCUGCGUCCACAACCACAACAACAACAACAACACCAUCGACAACAACUACAGCUGCAACACCAGUUGUUGCCACAGAGGCAGUAGUAGCAGCCGGAGCAGCUAUCACAGCCGCUGAAAGUGAAUCCGAGCCGGUUGAGGAUGUGGCAGAGAUUGAUGCAGAGACUGAUGAUGAGGCGGGCGCUGCGAUUGAGGGGAUGCCGGACAAAUUGCCAACGGCUAAUCAGAAUAAGCAUGGCGAUAUCAACAAGGAGACCAUCGGCGACAUUCUGAUCGAUCAGCUUGAGGCGGUGGCCAAGACCACAGAGCGGCGCUCCAGCAUGCCCCAUUUGACGGCCAAGACCGCUCAGAGUCUACUGCGUAAUCCCAGUGGCCAGUAUUCGUCCUUCGAUAUGGCUCAGUAUGUGUUCUGGACUGGCGAUGAGACGGGUGUGGCCCGAGCUGUUGAGGAACUGAUCGAUGAGAACUUGAUCACCCGAGAGAGCGCUCUGAAGUUCUUGCGUGAUAUUCGUCUGGGAAUUGAGUUUUUGCAGCGUUCCUAUGCCAAUCGUAUUUUCCCCGAGGAGUUGCGUCAGAAUCAUCUAAAGCGCAACACUGCACCCAGCACUAGCACCAGCACCAGCACAACAUCCACAACAACCACAACAACCAGCACCACGACAGAGAAACCAUUCAUCCACAUGGAAUCCGAUCUAGAAGGAGUCACGCCUGAGGUGGGACACGCCAAGAUCCUGGACAGCUUCAAAUUCUGGAACAAGCUCAAGACGCUCGAGAAUGAAACUCCCCAAGAUCUAACGGACUAUGAUGAAACCAUGGGGCGAGCCAAGAUAGUUGAGUAUCUAUACAAUGAGUACAGCUUAGAGGAAAUUCUCUACAAGUUGGCCAAGGUAAUGUUCGCACAGUCCCUGGCACAUGGUUCGGAUGAGGCUCAGCAGGAGCUGCAGAAGCUAACCGAAUUCCUGGAGCAUGAGGGCAAUUUGGGUGUUAUACCCGUCGAUUUGCAGAAGAAAGUUUUGCGGGUGUUGCAUCCUGCGCUGUCGGAUACUUUAACCGAACAUCCCGAGCUAUUGCCAGCGGCGCGUGUUAACUUGGCCAAUCCAUUUUUCAGGCUUCCAAUGCAUACUCCCAGCGCUGUGUAGAUUGCAAACGUUAUCAGCAAGUCUAUAUAUAUAUAUAUAAAUAUAUAUAUAUAUAUAUAUAUACAUUAAUUAUCUAUAUUAAAUAAUUACUAAGUUAUUGGCAUAUACAUAAAAAAAAAAACUAAUAACAGAUCAUAUAUAUAUAUAUAUUAUAUUCUGUUCAAGUUGAUUGCCAUAUAUAAAUGCGCUCUCUCGGAAUUGCAUACUGGUUACCUAUGCCUUGGGUAGUUCUAAAUUUUCGUUCUAUAUACGUAAAGAAAUAUCAAAAAAAUUGAUUUUAAUUUAGUUUAGUAUUGAUUGUAACAUACAUGGAAAAAAAAACUCUCGUGAUAUUUUUGGCAGGCUAGAAAAGUACGGGGAAAUCAGUUAGAGGAAUCAAAGUUGUUUAUAUUUAAUCAUUAUACGACAACCCUUCGACAAGAAGAUGUGGAGCAAAAUCAACCAAGCAAAUGAGAGACUUGCGCUAUAUGGAGCUUUUAAAACUAUAUAUGUAUGUAUCUAUAUGUAUUUGUAGAGAAAAUGAUUGGAAUGCUUGCUUAUAUUUGAUAUGAGUUAGUUGACAACUGACAAUUGAUGAGGUUGAAGUUAAUAAUAUUAUUUAUAAAAAAAAAGAAAACAUACAUCCCUACUACAUAUGAGAAUACUAUAUAUAUGUACUACGUAUGGUCAAUAUAAAGGCAUAUAUAGGUAUAUCUAUAUAAUGAGUAUAAAGGCAUCGUUUUCCGCACCGUUUAAUAAUUAAAAUCAGUGAAAGCAGGAAAGGACUUUAAGUCCGCAUAUAUCAGUAGCACAUAGAACUGCUUAUCCAAUAUGAAUAUAUAUUAUAUAUAUUUUUUCUUAUCGUAAGCCUUUACAUACACACACAUAUAUACAUACAUACUGAAGUACAUACCCUACUGAAUAAAUACAUAGCUAACAAAUCGCUUGAUACUUACAUACAUAAAAUAUUGAUUGAGUGUUCGAUUAAAUUGUUUGUUCGCCAAUUACGUGUACUGUAUAAUUAAACAAUUAUUGUUUCAACAUACAUAAUAAU